AGAGAAAAAGAAGAUAUUUGAAACCCUAAACCCCACCGACUCCCUCUCUCUCUCUCUCUCUCACACACACACACAAAAAUUGAUCCAUUCCACACUCAGGACUAAUGGCGUCCCUUGUUCUCUCGGGAAAUGGAAUUCUUGUCUCAACAAAGAAGUUUCGUUCUGGAAUCCCUGCUCGAAAAAGCGUCGUUAGAUGUAAUGUUGCGGAGCCAUUGAAGUUUAAGGAAAAUGGACACAUACCAACAGUUAGUGCUGAACAGGCGACAUUCCCAAGUUUCUUAGCUUUGAAUCAAACAGAAAGAUAUGUAAUUCAACAGAAUGAUACCCGGCUUCGGAUAUUUUCAGGCACAGCUAAUCCUGCACUUUCUCAGGAAAUUGCCUGCUACAUGGGUCUGGAGCUUGGACAGAUCAAGAUAAAGCGUUUUUCUGACGGCGAAAUUUACGUUCAAUUGCAAGAGAGUGUCAGAGGUUGUGAUGUAUAUCUUGUGCAACCUACCUGUCCUCCUGCAAAUGAAAAUCUUAUGGAGCUUUUGAUAAUGAUUGAUGCAUGUCGGAGGGCAUCGGCCAAAAAUAUUACUGCAGUUAUUCCGUAUUUUGGAUAUGCAAGGGCUGAUCGAAAGACACAAGGGCGUGAAUCAAUUGCGGCCAAACUUGUAGCAAAUUUGAUUACUGAAGCAGGUGCAGAUCGUGUUCUUGCUUGUGAUCUUCAUUCUGGGCAGUCCAUGGGCUAUUUUGAUAUUCCAGUGGAUCAUGUACAUGGUCAGCCUGUCAUACUUGAUUACCUUGCCAGCAAGACCAUCUGCUCUGAUGAUUUGGUAGUAGUGUCACCAGAUGUUGGAGGGGUUGCUAGAGCACGAGCUUUUGCCAAGAAGUUGUCUGAUGCACCUCUAGCCAUUGUGGAUAAAAGGAGACAUGGACACAAUGUUGCAGAGGUGAUGAAUUUGAUUGGUGAUGUUAAGGGAAAAGUGGCUGUUAUGCUGGAUGACAUGAUUGAUACUGCUGGUACUAUUGCCAAAGGAGCAGCUUUAUUACAUCAAGAGGGAGCCAGAGAAGUGUAUGCUUGCAGCACACAUGCCGUCUUUAGUCCUCCUGCAAUAGAGAGGUUAUCAAGUGGGUUGUUUCAGGAGGUGAUUAUUACAAAUACAAUCCCUGUGUCAGAGAAGAACUAUUUCCCCCAGCUAACGGUCCUGUCUGUGGCAAAUCUCCUGGGUGAAACCAUAUGGCGUGUCCAUGAUGACUGCUCUGGUGGCUUUGAGCCUUACUCCAGCUUGGGCAUUGAUUGAUCAACUCCUAGUAUUAACAUGCCCAUCCUGCCUUCCGUUAUUGCCAUUUGGCUGCCUAGUUGAGAGCAGGAUAGCUUAUAUGAUUAUAAUGUCAAAUUUUCACAUAGCAACCGAACUGCAGAGCUUUGUAUUUCCUUCAUUCACACAAUUCUAUCACCAAACCUGAUCUCGUGGUGUGGGAUAGAGUUUUGUUUGUGCAAAUCUUUAGAUGACUAUGGCAAAUGUAUCGGUGGAGUGGGGGGAGUUUACGCUAUUCGGAUUACAGUAAAUGUAUCUAUCGGUUUAGGUGAUUUUCUGGAAGAGCAUUUGAGUUUAUUGUCUUUCCAGUAGGAAUGCAUACUACUGGAGCUAUGUAGUUUGUAAAGUGAGCUAUAUGAGGGGCUUUUAGCUUUGUGUUUGUUGUGCAGAGUCCGGUGUUGUUAAAUAAUACUACUGUUGAUACUUAUGAGACUUAUCUCAAAGCUCUGUGGGCAUUCUCCUGUGAUAUAUGAAAGGUUAGCUUGAAGAUGAG